AAAAGAAGAAAGUCUCGGUGGCACAAUUCAUCUAGCAUCAUUCAUCUGGUCGACGUUCGCCAUUCCCAACGCGUUCGGGCCAGGGGGCCAGCCUUAACACGCGUUUUAAGGCUCUGACCAUCCAUCGCAGCUUGGUUACCUGGUGUCUUCCGAGCGCAUCCCGCCCUUUCCCAAUGCUCCCGAUCCACGAGAGUCAAACAUGAUAGUCAAUUCAAAUAGGUUCUCCACGUAUACGAGCACCUCGGUCGGUACCGGCUCGGAGGGAAAGAAGGAUGACCAAAAGAAGGACAUGUGGAGCUCUAUGCUCGACUCUGUCGCCAGCGGCAAGAGACUACCAGAAAAGAAUCUGCUAGUCCUCGGGGGCACCGUCGAGUCGCAGCGAGAUUUCCUUGAAGGCCUAUCGAGCAACGAUGGACGGAGGAAUCUGGACCACAACAACCACAAGAUUCCCCCGAUCGCUAAUAGCUUCGCUCUCGGAUACACGUACUACAACGUCCUAGACGCAGAUCAAGAGGACAUCCUAGCACGCAUAUCCCUGUACCUUCUCACCAGCCCGGCGCCUACCUUUACUUCCCUCAUAAGGCCGCUCCUGACUCCACAAUCCAUUCCGAAUACGCUAAUAGUAAUACUACUCGACUGGUCACAACCUUGGCUAUGGAUGCGUCAGUUGCGUGAAUGGCUGCUACUGUUGCGAACCGUCAUCAUGUCACUCGGCCCCGAAUGCAUAGAAACGAUGAAAGAGGUCAUGAUCGGCUGGAGAGAUCGCGGCCGAACGGGCGGGUCAGUGAACUUGGACGGUUCCGGUGUCGUCGCUGCAGAGGGAGAUGUUGCCCUUCCCUUGGGGCCGGGGGAGUGGGAAGACGCACUGGGCUUUCCACUCUGCGUCGUCUGCCAGAACUCCGAGAGGAUAGAUUACUUGGAAAAAAAUCAAGGGUGGAAGGAAGAGAAGUUCGACCUCGUUCUGCAAUAUCUAAGAACAGUUCUGUUGAGGCACGGAGCGUCUCUUAUUUACACAACACCGUCGAUGAUAUCGCCCCUACAAAGCCUCAUCCACGCUAGUCUCGGGAUUCACUCUUUACUAAAGCGCUCUCCCUUGAAGGCCAACGUCAUCGACCGCGACAAAAUUGUGGUGCCCCCCAACUGGGACUCUUGGGGUAAGAUCCGAGUACUGCGUGAUGGUUUUGACGUGGAGAGCGUCAGCGACGGCUGGUCAAUAGAUCUCGAUCAGUCUUUCCCGACGAUAAAAAGUGACGACCCGAACGCCACUGACCACCAGAUGCAAGGUGAAGCAAACAGAUCGGCCGAGCCUGAAGGAUCAUCAGUGGUACAGUAUGAGGGACAGGUUCAAGACACCAGCCUAGACGCAUUGCAGCUGGCACAAGGAAACAGUGAUACUAGCAAAUUAGAGGUUCCAUCAGUCGAUACCCAAGCGUUCCUCGUAAACCAACUAGAGCGGCUCGAGCAACAAAAGAAGGCGGACGAGAAAGCCGGCAAGGACACUACGUUUGCCCAGGGUGCAACCGAUGACAUGAUUAGCGACCACAUUGGGCCAGUACAGUUCAACAUGGGCGGUAUUCAGGUGGACGCUGACGACAUGGUUCAGCGGCUUAAGGACCGCCAGGCUUACGGUCAAUCUCCGGAGCUCCACGGUGUCGACGACGAGUCUCAACUCGAAGAAGCCGGCCCGCAAGUGGACACGGAUACACUAGCUAAAUUCUUCGGCAACUUGAUGAACCGAAAACCCACAAUUGGGGGUAACGUCAACAAGACAUGAAAGAGAUAACGAUGGUAUUCACAUAGUGAAGCAUCCAUCGAGGCCCCGUCCGUUUCGUCCUCGCGUAUCAGCAGACAGUUCGCCCAUUUCGAUUGAUGCCGACGGCGGCAGCAGUUUAAUCCCAAGCUUGAUUGCGGCGAGGGCCACAAUCACGACCAUCCGAUUAGCCGCAGAAAUCCUAAUGUCAUCUAUAAAAUUCUAGUGGAUGUCACGUCCAUCAUCUUUGGUCGAGGGGCAGAGGAUUCGGGUAGACGAUGGAAUCGCAGAAUCAGGAUUGCCAGGGGGGGGUUCCGCCAAGAGAGGUUUCCGAGGCUCGCGUUAGCGCCCAAAGUUCGGGUUCGCACUUGGAGCUAUCGACCGUCGUUGUCGUUGUCUUUUGAUAUUCGAGAAG